UUGAUGGUUAACAUUUGUCCUGUUUUGAUGGUUAAUAUUUGUUAAUUACGGUGUCUGUAUUUCAGUAAUUUAUAUCAUUCCGACAUUAAUCGUUGACGUGUAAUGCCAAUAUGAGGUGUAAAAUUAAUAAUUGUGUGAAAGUAUUGAUUUAUUUCAUAAUACCAAUAUUACAAUGUGAAGCUUUUGAUACUACAGAGAAUCCAGUGAUAACGCUAGAAUACGGGAAGGAUACAAACAACAUAAAUACGUACUACGUUGAACAAAAUAAAAGUUUACAAAUAAUAAUUAAAAACAGCCACGCUGGUUAUGUAAGGUGUUUUGAUUAUCUAUCAAAAUAUGGAACUACGUUUAUAGAAAAGGAAUUUCCAAAUAACGAUAAGGACAGUGUCAUUAAUAUUACAAGUGUAACUCCUGACAUGAGCACAAGAUGGGCAUGUAGAAUUCUACAGAAAUAUCAUUAUUUUAAUCUCCAUGUGAAAGGAGCUCUAUCUGUAAGUGUAUCAAUAAACGGAGACUCACUGAAUUUCACUAAAACGGGUUUAAAUGUGCAACACGAUGGCGAGACCUUCUUUUCCUUCAUUGAUCAUCAAAAUAUUGAACUCGUAUGCGCCAGUGUCGACAAAGAAAUUGAAGUGUCGUUGGAAUAUUUUAACCAAAAUGGAGAAAAGAUAUUGGAAAUACCACCAAAACGUAACACGAGUAUAUUGCUCCGAACCAGACUAACUUUGAAACAAGACAAGUUUUAUAUAGACUGUAUUUGUCACACAAACAAUAAAUAUCGAUACAGAACUUACUUUUAUAAACAAGAAUUGAACCACAACCCAGAUAAACAAGACAACAUACUGAUAGUGACAGUGAACGGAUUGUUGGAACGUUACGUAAGAAGAAAUGGUUCAUAUUUUGACUAUCCGAUAUUCAAAUAUGUAGACGGAGAAAUGAUCAUCGUCACUUGCGAAGCUAAACGACCGUAUUCAAGUAUUCCAUUACAGUUUUAUUUUGACGGUAACCAAGUAACUUUGUACAAUAGAAUCAAAGUUAAGGAAAUUGAUGACAAAAUAGUUGCUACUAUAAAUUCAUCUGCUGUUUUCCUGAACAAGAAAACUCUUUCAUGUGGCUUUAAUAGUAGAAGUGAGAAGGAAGAAUAUGCCAGGAUAACAUUCGAGUCUGAUGUUGCAGCUGGCACGGUACGGGUGUUCGGUCUGGCCCGAUCAAAUAUUCUGUACCAGUACCGUAGCGGUGACGUGUGGACCACCGUCUACCAAUACUCGGUAAACGAAACUAUAAGCUUGGGGUGUGUUCUGAAUAUCCUGCCCUAUAGAAACUAUAAAUUUAAAUGGAAUUUUAAUGGAGAAGAGUCAUCUAGAAAUGGUUAUAGAUUAUCGGGCACGAUAAAUUAUUAUGCAGAUAAAAAUUUUAUAAAAACUUUAACUGAACAAGAUGAUAAAAAAAAUAUCAAAUGCAUUGUUUAUGAAAACUACAAAAUAUUGAAUUUUGCUGAAAUACGAUUACAACUGAAAGAGAUAUCAAACUCGGAGAACUUUGAGGAUCAAAUUAAUCCACAUACGUCCAAUAACCUAAUCAUCAUAUUUGCAUGUAUUUCUGGUCUUGUAUUAACGAUCACUGUUGUGGGCAUAGUCUACUGGCGUAAAAGAAUUCAAAGACCAAAAACUACUAGUAAUACUGAGGUUCCUACAUCGCAGCCAUUUUACGGUAACAAAAUGUUCCAAAACGACCCAAACAGGGGAAUUUAUGUUCUUCCAGAAAAUAAUGAUCCUAAAUACGAAAAAGCAUCACAGGCACCUUGCAAUCGUGUUAAAGAAGACAAUGAAAUGACUCCAAUACCUGAAUCGAUGUACGACUCAUGUUCCAUUGAAAAUUCCACUAUACAACCAAAUAAUGACGUUCCGAAAAGUCCAGACUGUUCUGACCCCAAUCACCAUCACUACGAGGAAGUAAAUUAUUUGCAAUGCAAGCCAAAACCAAGUGAACCUCAACAGCGAUCGAGCAAAAUUUAUAAUGUAGCUUAUGAUCAUGUUAGAAGAUGUCGCAGUGGGAAAUAGUUUCGUAAUUAGUAAACUAAGUUUAAAAAACCGACUUUGAUCACCAUUUUUAUAUACUUUAUACCUGCUCUUGAAUGUCAAAAUACAUUUCCAAAACCACAUCAAAAUUGGUUCAGCCAAUCUCGAGAUAAUGGUGACAAAAGUCGAUUAAGAAUCUGAUGUAUUUCUCGAAUUUAAGAUUUUAUAAUUCUAUUAUCUGUGACUGACUUAUUGUUUUAUGAUUCAAGAAUUGAUUUUUACUAGAAAAUCAUUGGUGGAAACGGAGUUCGCCGGGUUUGUGAGUUUAUAAUAUAAAAGGAUAGUAUUUAAUUAUUGGGUACAUAGGGAUAAACAAUAAUAAAUAUAUUUAACCUCUUUCAUCAUGGAGAAUGUUAACGUUUUUAGACAUGUAUGUAACUAUGAAGCACUCGAUGUAACGAAUUAAUCUGUAUACUUAGUUUUGUCUUACAAUCAAAACUGACCAAAUUAUAUGCAUCUAAGGUUUUGAUGACUUGAAUUUCUCAUACAAAAUUAACGUUGUACUGUGACGUCAUAAUACAACGUCUCAUUUUUAUUUUUUUAUACUUGUAACUAAAAAGUAGGUUAUUACUUAAUAAUAUUUUAAAGUUAUUUAAAUAUAAGGAUGUAGGUAUUUUUUAAGUUACGUAAUAUUAACAUUCUCCAUUUCGUAGAUAUAUUUUCGUAGUUAUAUAAAUUGUGACUGCCUCGAUGGUCGAGUGAACGCAAGUGCGACUGCCAGACAAUGGGUCUCGGGUUCGAUUCCCGAGUCGGGCAAAGUAUUACCUGGCAUUUUCGGAAUUGGUGAAAAGCGGGUGUACAUUGUAUAGUGGCAUAACAUGCCGUAAUGCACCUCUGCCUAUCCCUUCGGGGAUAAAAAGGUGUGACGUUGUGUGUUUGUGUAUAUAAAUUGUUUUAAAAUGAUUGUAGGCUGAAAUGGAACGUCGUUUACAAAUGGCGUAUGUUAAAAAAUGAACGUAUUUUCAAAAACGGCGAGAAAUGAUUAAUCGAAAUUUGUCGAUGGGACGGAUUGUUGUUCUGUAAAAAUAAAGUGUGAUUCCUGAAAAG